AUGGACAGGAGCAGAAGGUCAGCGCAGCACUGCUGGAGGCAGCUGAGAGCAGAGAGGAUACGGCGUCAGAGGGGCACCGCUGGCACGGAGGUUCUGAGGAUGCUUGGCGUGGCUCUCAGCGUUGCGGUGCUGCUGGCACUUGCAGGUUGUGGGGCGGAAGGCUUGGUCCCCCAGGACUGCAUCGUCAAUGCUGAGGAGCGUGCCCGCAUGCUGGGGAUACUGCAGCUCUCAGCUAUGGACAGUGGACUGCCCAAUCCCAGUGUGCUGCUGGCCCUCAACCUGGCUGGGGACAGCAGCAAGGCCCAGCAGGAAUUGCUCGAGCGGAUCAAGGAGACAGCAGUGAAGCAAGCAAAUGACAUGUCCUCAGGCCAGGUGGCCCUGUACACGCUGGCCCUGCUCUCUUCCUGCUGUGAUCUGAGACAUGUGGAGGCACAUGGGCAGAGCGUUGACCUGAUCAGUAUCCUUCAGGAGAAGAUGGACGAGGAGGUGGCACACUGGGAGGAGGAAGGCAUCCCGCUGAGCACACUGUUCAGUGUGGGGCUGGAUGCACAAGCGCUGUGUGUGAUGGGAGCAAGUGGCUACCAGAGCGCUGUCACCAUCCUGGCCAAGCAGCUGCGGAGUUCCCAGGACAAGCUCUCUGUGGACGAGCAGGCCAUGAUGGCACUGCCACUGGUGUGUGCCUAUAACCGGAAUGAGCUCCAGAGUAUGCAGGACCUGCUGAACUCAACGCUGUCAAAAGUGACCAACGAAUUCCUUGAAAAUCAGAAUAAAGGAAAUGGCUUCAUUGGGAACAUCUACAGCACAGGUCUGGCCAUGCAGCUGCUGCUGGCUGCAGGCAAGUUCUAUGCCCCGCAGAAGUGGGACUGCACCCAGCCCGUGGCUGCCAUCACCGAACACCACCUGCAGCAGCCUAUGGCCAUUGCUCAGGCACUGCCAGCCCUGGUGGGCAAAACCUACCUGGAUUCUGCCAGUCUGGACUGCAGCUCUGAAGCAUCCAAAACGACUAGCCUGCAGCUGGACCCAAACCCGAGCCAGGGCAUGGAAGCUCAGGAAGUGGGAUCCACCAUCACAGUGAAGUACACCAUCACCAACAACUUGGUUGGACAGUUCUUCACCUAUACCACCACAGUGGAUGUCCCACAUGGCUCCGUGCUCCUGGUCGUGCUGGAGCAGGCAGAGAAGUCCGACAAAACCAUCUUUGGCUUUAAGACAGAACCAACAUCCUGGGGCCCAAUGGUGGUGUCCAUCCACGGGCUGGCUGCCAGUGAGACUGAGAGGACCUACUGGCAGUUCUUAAGUGGCAGUGACGCGCUGCAGGAAGGGGUUGGCACAUACGAGCCGCACGACGGGGAGCACAUCCAGGCUGUCUUCAGCACCUACUGAUGGUACCGGGGGAGAAACAGCCCUGCUGGGCCCUACAACGUGGCAAUAAAGAGUCAUUUGCA